CGUCGUACAAAUAAAGUUGUAAACUUUGUACUACGUGACGUAGAGCGUUAGCAUUGCGCAUGCGUGUGUGCGGAGUACACGUGAAGCAGACAGCAUGGCUGAAAAAACAGAAGUGGCGUUAGACCGGGCUCAGGUGAAGAAGGCCGUCCAGGCCCUACAAGCUUUCCUCAAAACCAAAGCCACCGGCGACUCGCUGUUCCUGGACGAGACUCAGCAGAUCAGUUUGCUCUUCACCCUGUGGAAGGUCCCUAAACGGGCACAGACCAUCCGCAUUCCUCUGCCUCAUGGCCAGCGGACUGACACAGACGAGGUUUGCCUCUUCACCAGAGAUGAGCCCAAGAUGACCUCAGAGCAAACCCAGAGGUUUUACAAGAAGCUGCUGGAGGAGAAGGGGGUCAAAAACAUAUCCGAGAUCAUACCAUACAAGGUUCUGAAGACAGAAUACAAACCAUAUGAGGCUAAACGCCGCCUGUUGGGGAACUUUGAUCUGUUCCUUUCUGACGCCCGCAUCCGCCGCCUGCUGCCAUCACAUAUCGGGAAACAUUUCUACCAGAGAAAAAAAGAGCCGCUGUCGGUGAACCUGCAGAGCAAACAUCUGGCCAGAGACAUCCAGAGAGUCAUCCAGGGCACCAGCAUGAAGGUUACCAACAAGGGCUGCUGCUGUAUGGCACGUGUCGCCCACUCCGGCAUGACUGCAGAUGAGGUGACAGAAAACAUCCAGGCCGCUGUCCAAACUAUCGCGGCCAAACUACGGACGAAAGGACCAGUGAUGAAGCUGAUCCAUAUAAAGAGCCAAACAUCCGUGGCUCUUCCCAUCUACACCUCAGACCUGAGCGACCUCACUGAGCUCGAGAAGAAGCGGACUCCCAAAGACAAGGGAGCUACACCUAAAAAGCGGGACAAAGCAAAGAAGAACAAGGAGGACAAAAAGCAAACGGAUACUCCUGCUGAGGGGAAGGAAGAGGCGGCAAAGGAGGAUGAAGAAGAGGAAGAAGAAAUCCCACAGCUGGUUCCCAUAGAAACGCCUAGCAAAAAGCCCAAACUGGAGAAGCCGUCCAAAAAGAAGCAGCUGGAGAAAGCACCCAAACCUGCUGCGGGCAAGAAAGGAAAACAAGCUCAGAACAAACCGACCAAGAAGACGGGAAAGACAGACUCCAAAGUAAAAAGAAAAGUGCCUAAAGUGAAAUGAUUCUCAGCAGAGAGUCUUUGCUUGUUACCUUCUCGACUUGGACAUUUGACACAGAUCACAGGACCACAACUCAUAGAGCAACCUUUAUAUUCACAGGUCUGUUUGUGCUUGAAUAAAUGGUAUCAUAAAGUUA